AGUGUGUUGUAAGUUAACACUCUAUAUGUGUGCUUGUCUUUUUCGUGUGUGUUGUCUUCAGUGUUCAAAGCCUGUGUUACAAUGCACGCGAAUGUGUCUAAGCUUCUUUUAAAUAUUUUAGUUAUCCCAAACCUCAUUGAAGCGUGUCAAAGAUCUUCACCUCCCCACGAAUGUCAUCGCCCACACUGGACUCAGCCUCCGUCGCCUGACAAAAGUCCAUACGUACCACCACAUACUACUAAGACAUUUCAUGGGAGAACAUCAGGUGAAAGCUUGUAUACGCAAAACAGCAAGGAUUGGUCAGGCCAGACGGAAGUAACGACAGCAGACGACACACGUCACGACAUGGACAUUCAGCUUAGCAGUUGCGGCACGAUGGCAAACGAUCCUCAGGGCAUGAUCAUAAAUGGCGUUUUGGCUUCUGAAAAGUCCUGGCCGUGGAUGGGUAUGUUAAAGGGCGAGAGAGGACUGUGUGGGGCAGUGCUCAUCUCGGACCGGUGGGCCCUCACCGCUGCGCAUUGCCUCCCCAAUGUAUUUGAUUUGACUUUUGGGCAAAGAGACAGAGCCCGCUGGUCGAACGGAACUCAGCUGCGUAGCGCUGAUAUCGAAAUGGCUCAUCCUGAAUAUGACAAAGAAAAAAAGAUGGCGGACAUCGCCCUUAUUAAACUCAAUGAGUCGAUCGAAGUGACUGACUCUGUACACCCAAUCUGUCUGCCUGGUCCCGACAUGACGUAUUCUGCCUGCUACGUCACAGGGUGGGGUCGCAACUCUUUGAAGAGUGAGAGUAGUUCAAGGUUUCUCAAACAGAUCAAGGUCAACAUCAUGCCGCAGAACGCAUGCGCGUACAAGUGGAAGUUAGACGGUGUCCAUAUCACCAAAAAGCAUCUCUGUCUAAAAAUAGACGAACCUUGGCCGCAUCCUGGGCUGUGCAGUGGAGACUCGGGGUCGCCAUUGAGCUGCAAGUCCAGCGACCGGUACUACGUCAUAGCACUGGGCGAGUUUGUAGAGACCGGAUGUCAGAGGAAAUAUUAUCCUGAUGUCUUUACGAGAGUAUUUCCUUACAUGGACUGGAUAAGAAAAACAAUAAAAAUAUAUGGACUGGAUUAGAAAAACAAUUAAAAUAAUUUAAAAUUCAUGGACUGGAUUAAACGAACAAUAAAAAUAGAUGUAGUGGAUUAGAAGAACAAUGAAAAUACAAGGAUUGGAUUAAGCAAACAAAAGAAUUCAUGGAUUAGAUUUGAAUAAAAAUUACAAAACAUAGUCUAGAUUAUAACAAUGUAAAUAUAGGACUAGAUAAAAAAAAAUAAGCACCAUUUCCUGGUCCCAUUUCAGAAUUUGGGUAGAAAGACAAUUUGGGUAGAAAGACAAUUUUGGGUAGAAAGACAAUUUGGGGAGAAAGACAAUUUGGGGAGAAAGACAAUUUGGGGAGAAAGACAAUUUGGGUAGAAAGACAAUUUGGGUAGAAAGACAAUUUGGGUAGAAAGACCCGCAUUUCCUCAGGCAGCGUCUUAAAGUAAGUGGAAAGAAAAAAGAUCUGCGUGCCGCUUGAGAUAAAUGAAUUAGCUAAUGUAGAUGUAGAACUAUCACUAGAAUGGAGUAUAUCAUGACAUACCAUGAGUAGACUGAACAAUGAAAUGGUUUCGCUUAGUAUUACAUUUCUAUUUUUACAUAUGUUUGGGUUAGGGUUAGGGUUAUAUAUUUAUAUAUAUAUAUAUGUGCGACAAAACUGUAUAUUUGUUUUCGUAAAGGUAAUACUUUGUGAGCAUUAUGACUUAGUAGUAAUAAAGUGUAUUUUUUUUUCUAUUUUUUUUUUUAUACAAUGCAUUGUUUCGCAGAUAAUUUCCGUAUGAAAUUUAUUGAAGACUAUAUUCUAUUCGGGUUCGAAUCUCGGCUAAGGCAGGGAUUUUGAGCAUUGAGAUUUUUAGGGCGCCUCUGAAACCAUUAAACUCUAACGAGUACCUGACACUUAUCGGGGGAAAAUAAAUGUACCGGUACUUAGUCGUAGAGUUGGUCACACAAUGCCAUAGAUAGCCGUUGGCCAUAGGUUUGAAAGGAUAAUUCAUAAAUAAAUAUAUUGGUGGUUAUUUCUUUCUAUUCUACCAUCGUAGAGGAUUGUCAUAUACUUUCAAAUCUGUAC